GUCACUGUAACAAAAGUGUCAUAAUCUUUUUAAGUGAGGUUUUAAAUGAGGGAGGAGUGACCACUUUAUUUAGCUGUACAUAAGGAAUCACUGAUAACAUUUUCCUUCCUCACUUAAACUUGGACUCAGAACAACGGUCCCAAUGGAACCAGCUCUGAUUACUUUAAUGCAACUUCCUGACAGAGGAAGGCGGAGAAAACUUUUCCUGCAGACUAACAGUAUCAAAAGUGAAACUACCUCCAGCUCAAGUGCUGCAGUUUAUAUAAUGAUUAUUACGUAUGACUGUGUAACAUGAUCCAGAUGGGCUGUUCUUUUUCCCCUGCGGAUAUAAACCGCUCCCUGAUCUUUGUGUCUUUACCAGAGACGCAAUCAAAGAAGAAACUUCUUCCAUUUUUUCUGACUUAACAGCCUGAAAAUGUCCGAUAGUGAUGUUAAACUUGAGGCUCUUUCCAUCCUCUGCAAUGCCACUGUCACAUCUCUACAAUCACAAAGCGUGGUUGUAGGGGCUUCUGUUGGAAAUUUCUUAAGCUCAACAAUGACCAUCCCAGGCUUCAUAUCUGCACUCAUGGGAAGGGCCGGCCCAAACCUUUUGUCUGUAGCCAGAUCUCCUCAAUCACAGGGGGGUCGCAUCAUCAUUGACGAGGAAGAAUUCUUCGAUCCACAGUAUGACUACGAUUUCACUGAUUUGCAAGAUACUGAGACGUUUUACAGAGGCGGGGAGGUGUACGAGCGUCCCUGUGGAUGGAAACGUUACGCUCUCAAGGUGCUGGAUAAAUAUCCAGAUGGAAAUGCUUGGCUGGGAGAGCGAGGAUACUGCACCACCACGGAGUCGAAGCCCGGGGAAUGGCCCGUGUCCUACCAUGGGACGUCAAAGGAAUGCGCUCGAGGCAUCAUCAUUGCACGAUUUGUACCAGGCGCAGGUCAGAACUACGGCAGGGGGAUUUAUUCAACCCCAUUUAUAUCUGAGGCAGAACCCUACACCAAAACCUUCACCUCCACUUCAACUGGCUACAGGUACCACGUGGUUCUGCAGAAUCGAGUCAAUCCCAAGUACAGAGAGAAAUACAACGAUGAUAAAUACUGGCUGGUUCCCCUCUCAGAGGGUCUGUCUAAGGAAGAGGAGCAGGAGAUUGUUGAAAAAGCCAUCCGUCCCUAUGCGCUCCUGGUGCGGCGUCUGUGACAGGGAAAACAUGAUGAAGAAAAACAGAAAAUACUCUUUUUUUUUUUUUUUUAUUAUAGCUUAGUGCAAAAAUAUCUGGAGAAGUGCAGUCAAAUAUAUGAAGCACUUGUUUAAAACGUAGAUGCAUGCAAAUAUACCAUAUAAAACAUAGAUAUUUAGAAUUGGGAAUCGCAAAUUUCACAGCUUUAGUUGAAGACGCGUUGUCUGUGUGCUGCUAUAUGAUCAUCUUUGCAUUUCAAAUUGUCAAAACCAAAUCAUUUUUUCCUCUAAAUUUGUAUUUUUGUAUGGAAUUUUAAUAAAUAAAUAAAUAAAUACAUUAUUUUGAACAAA